CUUUGAUAUCAUUACACUCGGGAGCUAUUGAGGCUGCCAUGAUGAAUAUAUGACGGAUCGAAGUUCGAAAGGGAAAAAUAAACGUGCAUCGGAAGGUUCAAAUAGGCUGAAUAUGACAGCGGAAGCAUUCAAGAGGCGGAAUCGCCGAGGAGCAGCCGCUGAUCAUUGCCCGACUAGAGGCGGUCAGGUCUUUGUGCCAGAGAAAUGUCUCCACCUCCACCUGCCUUUUUUUUUCCUUGGAUGAAAUUCACCCUUCAAGCUUCUGUUGCGACCAGGGUUCCAGCUGACCUCGGAGCUGCCAAAUGGAUUCUGCCGCUGAUUUUCCACCGUUCCAGGAACGGCUGACUUCGUCGCUUGUACAAGUUACUCGCACCAUCGGCCAGCUCCCUGUGAACGAUCUCAACUUCCACCGGUCCUCCAAUGCAGAGGUGUCGGAGGCAUUGGAUGAACAGAGCGGUCGGUUACUGUCUUUGACUUCGUCGAUUCUCAAGGCUGCCACUGCCGGGACCGAUAUCUCUGCGCCGAGUCUCUCAGAUGAGGAUUCAAUUGAGGACAAUUGGCGCGGAAUUGUGGAUGUCAUCGAUGCGCUGUUGGAGAAGGCAGAUGCUUGUCUAGAUGAGUUUACGGGCGUCAUCAAGAAGCUGAGUCCGUCGCAGGAGGCUAAGGAUGGAGACAAUAAACAGACUUCGAGAAAAACCCAAAACUUCCCGACCAUCUACGAUUACGGCCCGUCAAAAAUCCCGAAGCCCCAAUUAGAGUUCGAGCGCCAGGUGGACAACACAGAUACAUCGCCCUUCAAGCCGCUCUUGAAGACAAAGCCGCAUGCUAUAGAGCCAUUGAACCAGUCGCUGACACCCCCGGCUGAUUCGCAGCUGGGCUAUCGCAACCCAUACGAGACGGAGAUUCGCGCCGCCAAGUAUCCCGACUCUGCCUAUGUUGUCUCGCCUCCUAUAGACUACCUACCAUUCAAGUCGACGACCGCAACAUUCGUGGAUACUUUGGAUGGCGUGAAGGAUAUGCUUGCUGAGCUGAAGUCUGCUAGGGAGAUUGCGAUCGAUCUCGAGCACCACGAUGUGCAUUCGUAUCAUGGUCUCGUGUCGCUGAUGCAGAUCAGCACACGAGAAAAGGAUUGGGUGGUGGACACGCUCAAGCCGUGGAGAGAAGAGCUGCAGAUUCUCAAUGAGGUUUUUGCAGACCCUAAAAUUCUCAAACUCUUUCACGGUUCGAGCAUGGAUAUCAUCUGGCUGCAGCGCGAUCUUGGCCUCUACGUUGUGGGCAUUUUCGAUACAUACCAUGCCGCCUGCGUGCUGAACUACCAAAGGCGGAGUUUGAAGUUCUUGUUGCAGAAGUUUGUCAAUUUUGAGGCGGAUAAAAAGUAUCAAAUGGCCGAUUGGCGGAUUCGACCCCUCCCCUCCGGCAUGUUUGAUUAUGCUCGCUCCGACACCCACUACCUUCUCUAUAUCUACGAUAACAUUCGAAACGAACUCGUUGAAAACUCUACACCGGAAGAAAACCUCGUCAACUACGUCCAAGAAAGGUCCAAGGCCGAGGCCUUGCAAAGGUACGAGCGUCCCGUUUACGACGCGACCACAGGACAAGGUGCUGGUGGAUGGUACGACUUGAUGGCGCGCAAUCCUGCUGUCUUUAGCAAGGAACAAUUUGCCGUCUUCAGGGCAGUACAUCAGUGGCGCGACGAGGUUGCUCGUGAGGAAGAUGAGGGCGUCCAGUGCGUCUUUCCGAAACACAUCCUGUUCCGGGUAUCUCAGGUCAUGCCACUGGAUCUAGGGACGUUGUUUAAAACGCUUUCUCCUAUGACGCCGAUUACCAAAGAGCGCGCUCCGGAUUUGUUGGACAUCAUCAAGAGUGCCAAGAUUGAGGGUGCCACAGGGCCGGAGUGGCGCGACAUAUACGUGAAGCCAACCAAGGCUACACAACAGGGACCAGAUCUUCUGACGCCUCCCACAACAUCACGGGAUGCUUCUUUCCCUACGGCUUCCCGCUGCGAUGUAUCACAAUUUUGGGGUGGUGUGUUAGACCUUCAGACGCCUCCUUUGAGUCUCCCUGAUUACGCCUUUAUCGCCUCCGCCGAAGCACUCCGCCUCUCCCUGCCACUUCCGCCGUUGCCCAGAACAGUCUCCGAAGUUCGCGAAAAAGUAGUCGCGCAGCAACCACCAAAGUCGGCGCCUACACUGACGCCGAAGAGGGAAGACGAGGAGAAGAACAAGGUCUUUACCGUCAAGGAGCUCGGUGGCCCACGCAAGCGCAAGGCCGUGGAUCACCCAGUAGCAGCAGAAGAUGAGCCUUCCGCAUCGUCAGACGAGUUUGACCUGGAUCAACUUCCACUUGAAGUAAACUCACUGCCUACGAAAAAGCAGCGCCGAAAAGAAAAGAAAGAAAAGAGAAAAAGAGAAAAACAGGCUCAGAACCAGCCUCCGGAGGAUACAACACCCUUUGAUUACGACAAUGCCGAUUCCGUCCUUAACGCCAACCCCCAGCCUACAUCCGGCCUUCCUUCUAAGCGACCGUAUGACCCGUAUAUCAAGGCUACUCAGGCACCUUCUGGUGUACGGAAGGAGAAACGUGAGAUAGCUGGAAAGAGCCAUACGUUCAGUUGCACAAAAAUGUCCUGAAUACAUAGCGAUACCCGGAUCAUAAUCUUGACAUUCAAAAAUUUGACUGGAACUUGUUCUUCAUAAAUCUACUAAUCUGUUUUGCCCCGCAAUUAUGCAGGGCGUCGAACCUUGGAACCCUUGGACGUUUCGCCACAGGUCAUUAUGACCUGGCUCUGUGGCGUAGUGGCCAGCGAUGAUGAACUGAGUGCAGUCCAGCGUCGUCUUGAGCAUCUAUCAAAUCCUCAUCUCAAUUGACAAACAUCUGUAUUGCCAUUAAAAGUAGACACCUACCCGCGCAACCGAACAAAUAGGAUGGAUGACUCGAAGCCGCCAUUCUCCCAGCCAGCAGAUCCUCAAGAGCAGCCCUCGUCCCAUCGCAAGAAAUCCAACUCCAGAUCGAAAUCGAAAGACAAACCUAGCCAUGAAAAUCCUCGCGGGUCCAAAUACAGGCCGCGCGCCGUUCCAUAUACAGACGAGCAGAUUCAAGCAAUUGAGAAUGGUGAUACAGGGGAAGACGAGGUCUUGAAUCAUGAGAAUAUGUCAGUAAGGUUCGGGCCGAAUAUGUAAAGAAAGGGCAGAGGCCUGCUCUGUUCAUCAAGUUUUGAAUAGGCUCUCUUUCUUUUUCAUCUCAGAAAAGGGCGCGCCUUUUUGAGUUUGAUUAUCUUACUUUCGCUAUAGUCUGGCACUGCAUAGGAUUGAAUGGGAAAAUAUGGUUGUUAUUAAAAGACUAUAGACUGUCAUCACCUCAUUCAUGCUGCCCUAGUCGGCACGGGCAAGUCUAGUCAUCGGUGCCCUCUUCGUCUCAACUCACCCUGGCUAAAACCAAAGCCGGAGACCCUGAGGAGCCCAUUCGAUCCCGACCCAAUACUCGAGCUUGAGCUACUGCUCCCACUGCUCGUUUUUCUCGGCUGUGUUAACUCAGACCAUACCUGUGAUAACGAGGGCCGAACAUCAGGAAGCAUGCUAUACUGCAUGCUGUAAAGGUUGCGGCGGUGAAUCGGAGGCACGAAGCGACCCGUGAAAAGACAAAAGAUAACUCGGGGGGAGAGGUAGUGUUUCCGGAGGCGAUGGGCCAGUUGGAAGUAUUGGUCAAACAUGGCUCGUAAGGUGAGGGGGAUGGACUAGUGGUGCGUCAGUAUGCAUAUUAAGAGCUCAGGCUAGGGAAAGAAAGUUCAUACUUCGAGGUGUAUGUAGUGGACAAUAGGGUCCAA